CAUGAAGAUUGAAGAAACAUUCAGAGUGAAACAUGAAGAAACUGAGGAACAAACAGACCUGAUGGCACUGAGAGAGGCAAGUCAUGAACUUAAUGAAAGGGAUGAAGAGAAAGAACAUUAUAAUUUAAUGAGUGAAGAAAAAUCAACAAAGUUUUCCUCACAAAAAGAAGCUCAAAAGACAGAAACUAAAAGUUAUUUCACCUGCCAACAGUGUGGAAAGAGUUUUGAUGAACAUAGAAACCUUCAAGUCCACUUGAGAAUUCACACUAGAGAGAGAGCCUUCACUUGCCAACAGUGUGGAAAGAGUUUCACACGCAAAGAAAUGCUUAAAGACCACAUGAGAAUUCACACUGGAGAGAAACCUUUCACCUGCCAACAGUGUGGAAAGAGUUUCAGUCGAAAAGGUAACCUUAAAAGCCACAUGAUGAUUCACACUAGAGAAAAGCCUUUCACCUGCACUCUGUGCGGGAAUGACUUCAAAUGGGAGCAAAGCCUCAGGCAACACAUGAUAACUCACACUGGAGAAAAGCCUUUCACCUGCACUCUGUGCGGGAAUGACUUCAAAUGGGAGCAAAGCCUCAGGCAACACAUGAUAACUCACACUGGAGAGAGCCCAUUCACCUGCCAACAGUGUGGAAAGAGUUUCAGUAGAAAAGGACACCUUACAGAACACAUGAGAACUCAUACUGGAGAAAAGCCUUACACCUGCCAACAGUGUGGAAAGAGUUUCAAUAGAAAAGGACACCUUACAGAACACAUGAGAAUUCACACUGGAGAGAGUCCUUUCACUUGCCAAGAGUGUGGAAAGAGUUUCAAACGUAAAUACAAGCUUAAAGCCCACAUGAGAAUUCACACUGGAGAGAGUCCUUUCACCUGCCAACAGUGUGGAAAGUGUUUCAGUAGAAAUGAAAGCCUUAAAGAACACAUGACAACUCACACUGGCGAAAAGCCUCAAUUUUUUCACUGCCAACAGUGUGGAAAGAGUUUCACACGUGAAGAAAGCCUUAAAGUCCACAUGAGAAUUCACACUGGAGAAAAGCUUUACACCUGUCAAGAGAGUGGAAAGAGUUUCAGUAGAAAUGAAAACCUUACAGCCCACAUGAGAGUUCAUACUGGAGAAAAGAUUUACACCUGUCAAGAGUGUGGAAAGAGUUUCAGUAGAAAAGGAAACCUUGAAAACCACACGAGAAUUCAUACUGGAGAUAAACCUUUCACCUGCCAACAAUGUGGAAAGAGUUUCACACGUGAAGAAAGCCUUGAAGACCACGUAAGAAUUCACACUGGAGAAAAGCUUUACACCUGUCAAGAGAGUGGAAAGAGUUUCAGUAGAAAUGAAAACCUUACAACCCACAUGAGAGUUCAUACUGGAGAAAAGCUUUACACCUGUCAAGAGUGUGGAAAGAGUUUCAGUAGAAAAGGAAACCUUGAAAACCACACGAGAAUUCAUACUGGAGAUAAACCUUUCACCUGCCAACAAUGUGGAAAGAGUUUUAGACAUAAAGGAAGCCUUAAAGACCACAUGAGAAUUCACACUGGAGAGAAGCCUUACACCUGCCAACAGUGUGGAAAGAGUUUCACACGUGAAGAAAGCCUUAAAGUCCACAUGAAAAUUCAUACUGGAGAGAAACCUUUCGCCUGCCAACAAUGUGGACAGAGUUUCAGACAUAAAGGUAGCCUUAAAUACCACAUGAGAAUUCACACUGGAGAGAAGCCUUACACCUGCCAACAAUGUGGAAAGAGUUUCAUACGUGAAGAAAGCCUUAAAGUCCACCUGAAAAUUCAUACUGGAGAGAAACCUUUCACCUGCCAACAAUGUGGAAAGAGUUUCAGACAUAAAGGAAGCCUUAAAGACCACAUGAGAAUUCACACUGGAGAGAAGCCUUACACCUGCCAACAGUGUGGAAAGAGUUUCACACGUGAAGAAAGCCUUAAAGUCCACAUGAAAAUUCAUACUGGAGAGAAACCUUUCGCCUGCCAACAAUGUGGACAGAGUUUCAGACAUAAAGGUAGCCUUAAAUACCACAUGAGAAUUCACACUGGAGAGAAACCUUUCACCUGCCAACAAUGUGGAAAGAGUUUCACACGUGAAGAAAGCCUUAAAGACCAUGUGAGAAUUCACACUGGAGAAAAGCUUUACAUCUGUCAAGAAUGUGGAAAGAGUUUCAGUCAUAAAAGAAGCCUUAUGGUCCACAUGAGAAUUCACACUGGAGAGAAACCUUACACCUGCCAACAAUGUGGAAAGAGUUUCAGACAUAUAAGAAACCUUAAAGUCCACAUGAGUAUUCACACUGGAGAAAAGCCUUACACCUGCCAACAGUGUGGAAAGAGUUUCAUUCGAAAAGAAAGCCUUAAAGACGACAUGAGAACUCACACUGAAGAAAGGCAGGAACACACCAAGCCGACAGUCAAUUGUCGGGUAGUUUUUGUACGGCCGACUAAGGCUAUGUCCACACGAAGCCAGAGCUUAUCCUAUCCAAUCUUUUUUUUUUUUUCUUGUCUCCAGAAAUGUCUGCGUCCAAAAUAAUGUCAAAAUAAUCAAAAUAAUGUAGUAUACAUGCCAGACCAGUAUGUGGUGCUGUAAUUCUGCCACAGAGAUACACUUAAAGCAGCGAAUAAGACUUAGAGCAUGAGCAUAAACCUUGCGCGCUGAAUACAAACUAUAGUGAAGAUUAAAAAUAAUGCUUUAUUUUGGCUCAGUAGCUUCUUCAGCAUGAACACAAACAUCUAGAGUCUGCUAAUGCUGUUGUUGAUGUUUUGUGCUGUUAGCGGCGUCUGACUAGGGUCAACACGUGGGGUGAUGACAUCAUCAUUUCUCAAAAUAUACGGAUAGGCUGUACAUACAAAAACGUAAAGAUGGCAUUUUCAGAUUUAUCCACUCUGGGAGCGGGUUUCAAAAAGUAGCGGUUUUACCUUCCGAAAAUGAUGGAUCCAUGUGGACAAAAUGCCUAUCGGAUACAAAAUUUGUGCAUAUUCACAAAAACAUGUCUCCAUGUGGACUGGGCCUAAGUUUUCUCAGUGUGUUCCACACCGUCGGCUGAAGUUGGUCCUCGUUGGCUGUUUUUUUUUUUUCUGGCCGAUUCGACAUGUUGAAUCAGCAUCGGAGCUCCUCGGUCCAUCUGAUCAUUCUGAUUGGCUGUUCAGAUACUGCCACCUGCUGGUUUGGAAAGGCAUCUCAUCUUACGCAGGCGAAGUCUGCUUUCAGCACCACUAGUUUGUCGGUGUCGGCUUGGUGUGUUCCUGCCUUUACACCUGCACUCUGUGUGUGAAUGGCUUCACACAGGAGUCAUUUACAUGUGGUCAGUGUGGAAAGAGUUUCAUAUUUAAAGGGGACCUUAGGGUCCACAUGAGGAUUCACUCGAAAGAGAACGAUUUUAGAAGUCGUACCUGUGGUAACUGUGCCUGAAAACCAUUCUUAAAUAAAAGUACACAUACUUUACAAUGAAAAUGACUCUGUUACAAGUUAAAAGUGACCAAUUCUAAGACAACUUGAGUAAAAGUCUUAGAUGA